AUGCGUCUGGACUCCAAGGCUACUUCUCAGUAUGGGAUUCCUAUAGAUCCGGUAGCUCCGUGUUUGUUGUCCGAUCUCAAAGAGGCAUCUGCUCUGAUAAACAACAUUAUGACUAGGCUGUCAGGGGGAGAAUAUGGAACCACGGUUAGCAAGGAACUCGGAGUGAAGCCAACUGUUGCAAAGGGUGAGGAGGCUCAGGAUGAUGAAGAAGAGGAAAAUGGAUCUUCCUCUUAA